AUCAAGAAUGUAAAAAAAAUAUUUUGAGAGACGUGAAUUGAUAUAAAAUUAAAGUAUUUUAAAAAAAGGUUCUCAUUUUUAGUAUUUGAUGUGCAAUAAAAUUGGUUGCGCCAUCUUGUGGAACUAAAGUUUUAGCAAAGCCAAUUUAUACGAUUUUUUUUACUGGCUAAUAAAUUCCAUAGUAAAAAAAAAAAACAAUUUUUUUUUAAAGUAAUAAAGUUUUUUUCUAGAGUUUGUGUAUACCAAACUAUAUAUACCAAUGGAAACGCAUGUUUAGCAUUUGAGUUUUCUACAUGUUUGAUUUGACACAGCAAUCCAUUGAUGUAUUUGGAGUAGCGAAGGACGAUGAACGACACCUUUCAAAUAACACAUGAACGUGAUAAGUGUUCUCUGCUGCUGUUAUCAGGAAUUGAAAAAAUUUUGCGGUUAAGAUAACGAGCCCAUAAUUAGAGUGUUCCGACCAAUAAUGAAUGUGAUAAGUAAUUUUAUAAUGUAUUUGUAAAUUAGUGAAGUGAAAAUAUUUUUAUUACCAGCGGUUUUUGAUGUAACAUUUUUCACGCCUAGCUGUCACUGUAAUAUUUAACAAACGAUAUUGUUUUACAGUAAAAGAUUAAUCAAACAACGACUAAUAGCAUCUAAAAAAUGAGUCUCAGUAUAUCGAAAUUUUUUUCGAAAAAGAAAACAACUACUGACAAUAGUGUCGCUGAAAUAGGUUUACCUACAAAUGUUUUUCAUCAAUUUCAUGUUAUUAAAAAUGAAGAAACGGGCCAACUCGAAGGAUUACCAGAUCCUUGGAUUCGUUUACUCAACACUCAAAUUUCAAAAUCAGAACAAGAUUCACACCCAGCAGCAGCUCUUCAAGCAAUUAAAUUUUACAAUUAUUCGAUAAAGAAAAAGCCUGUUGAAGAAGUUUUCAAGCCAUUUGUUACUGAAGAUUUAAUUGAAGAAGAAUCCCAAGAAAUUGAUCAAAUUUUGAUGAAAAAAUAUAAAUCAAAUCAUUCCCAAAGUUCUAAUUCUGCUAGCAUUGACAGUCAGGAGCAUACUGUGCCAGAGUUACCAAAAAAAAUUAGUAAACCUCCGAAGCCACUUCCGAGAAAACAUACCGAGCGUGUUGAUAAAACUUUGACAGAAAUUUUAGAAGAUCUCAAUGCUUAUCAAUUAGACGACAGUAGUUUGACGGAAGAUAAAGAAACAAUUGAAGAAGAAAGUCCUGUUCUUCGUAAAAAAAGUGACAGUUCAUUAGAACGUAUGACUGAUGAAGAGGUGUAUGAAGAAUUGAGAAAUAUUUGUCAGUGUGACGAUCCUAACAAACGCUUUGAAAAAACCAAAGAAGUUGGAGCCGGUGCAUCAGGAACUGUAUUUAUAGCUACUGAUUUAAUCUACAAUCAAAAAGUCGCGAUAAAGGACAUUGAUUUGUCUAAACAGCCAAAGAAAGAACUUAUUUUGACAGAAAUAAAAGUUCUUAAAGAAUUUCAACAUCCUAAUCUUGUUAACUUUUUAGAUGCUUAUAUAGUUGAUGAGCAUUUAUGGGUUGUUAUGGAAUUAUUACAAGGAGGACCUCUUACAGAUGUUGUUACUGAAACAGUUAUGAAGGAAGUACAAAUAGCCGCAGUUUGUCGGGAAGUUUUAAAAGCCAUAAGUUUCCUUCAUUCUAAGGGCAUUAUUCACCGAGAUAUUAAAUCUGACAAUGUUCUAUUGGGAAUGAAUGGCGCUGUUAAAGUUACUGACUUUGGUUUCUGUGCCAAUAUUGAUGGAGAUGAAAAACGACAAACUAUGGUAGGUACACCAUAUUGGAUGGCUCCAGAAGUAGUCACUAGAAAGCAAUACGGAAAAAAAGUAGACAUCUGGUCUCUGGGUAUCAUGGCCAUUGAAAUGAUUGAAGGUGAACCACCUUAUUUAAAAGAUACACCUUUGAGAGCAUUGUAUUUGAUCGCUGCUAUCGGGAAACCUUCCAUUCCUCGUUGGGACAGUCUUAGUCCAACAUUCCAAAAUUUUUUAGAAAAGUGCCUUACUGUUGAAGUUGAUGAAAGGGCUACAGCUGACGAAUUAUUAGCUCAUCCUUUUCUUGAAAAUUGCGCUGAACUUUCGUCACUUACUCCACUCAUUCGAGCAGCUCAGAAAAUUCUUCGCAAAGCAUUCUGAUAUAUAAUCAACAAUCUAAAAACAUUUUUUAAAAUUAUAUCAAUGUGUGAUAAAUUUUUACGUCUAAUUGGUAGUCAGGUUAUCUAAUUUCAUGCCAUCAUUUUUAUAUGUUGAUUGAGGUGCAAUUAAUAAUACCAUUAAAUACACUAAUUAUUAUAUGUAAAAAUUUUUUUUUUUUUUUUUUUUUUUUUUUUUUUUUCCCAAUGAUUGUUCUACUAAAAUAUAUAUGUAUAGACUUUUUUAAAUUUAAGAGUAAUUUAUAAUUGUAAAAAUGAAUUCCAUGUGAAAAUGAAGAGUGUACUCUUCAUUAGAUGUAUUAAAUAAGAGUAUUAAGUAAUUGAA